UUAAGUAGGCCUAUGUGCUGAAACUUCGGAGUAUUUUAUGGGACAGGAUAUAUUUAACCAAACAUAUUCAUCAUUCUCAAGCGAAAAUGAAUAACAAGUGGACGUUAUUGGUUUAUUUUAGUCUGCGGGCUUUUCUCUUCUCCUCCAUUGUGUUGCACACCGCUUAUGGAGACGUGAGAUAUUCUGUUCCGGAGGAGAUGAAACGCGGAUCUGUGAUUGGAAAUAUAGCGAAGGAUCUCGGGCUCGAUGUGAACACACUGUCAUUUCGUAAGGCUCGCAUUGAUAUUGAAGGUAACAGAAAACGAUACUGCGACAUUAAUCUGAAUACUGGAGAACUGACUGUAGCGGAGCGAAUAGACAGAGAGGGACUUUGUGGAAAGAAAGCUUUGUGUGUUAUAAAACAGGAGCUGGUUUUGGAAAAUCCUCUUGAAUCUCAUCGCAUUAACAUAAACGUUCAAGAUGUAAAUGACAAUACCCCUGUCUUUAAAAAAGAUAUAAUAAAAUUUGAGAUCACAGAGUCGGCUGUAAAAGGUGCUCGUUUUUUGCUCGAGGAGGCUCACGAUGCAGACAUAGGGACGAAUUCGGUUCAAACGUAUAAUUUAGGGCAGAAUAAAUAUUUUGAAUUGGCUGUUGCUGCAAAAGCAACAGGGAAGAUGUAUGGCGAGCUAGUACUUAAUAAAGAAUUAGAUCGUGAACAACAACAGGAAGUGACUUUAAUUCUCACUGCGGUAGACGGCGGGACUCCACCGAGAUUAGGUACUGUAGCCAUACACGUCACUGUGCUGGAUGCUAAUGAUAAUGCUCCAGUCUUUAGUCAGGCCGUCUAUAAAGUCAGUCUGCCUGAAAAUUCUCCUCUAGAUACUGUAGUGGUGACAGUGAGCGCUACUGAUGCUGACGAGGGACAAAAUGGAGAAGUGACUUAUGAAUUUGGCCAUAUUUCAGAAAGUGACUUGAUGUUUUUUUCACUCGACCCAAGUAAUGGCAGAAUUACAUUAAUAGGGUCUCUUGACUAUGAGGACGAGUCAUCCUUUGAGCUUCCAAUUCAAGCCACAGAUGGACUGGGAAUUGUAUCUCAUGCAACUGUUGUUAUUGAGAUAUCUGACAUCAAUGAUAAUUCCCCAAGUAUAGUAAUUAAGUCACUGAAUAGCCCGAUUCCUGAAAAUGCAUUACCCGGUACAGAGGUUGGCAUCAUUAAUGUGCAGGACAGAGACUCUGAGAAUAAAGACUCAAUCCGCCGAUGA